CAGAACCCUUGCUCUCAACUUGCUCCCCUUCACAUUGCUGGACUUGUCUGAUUCCUUCUUACAAUCACCUUUUAACCUAGUCCAUAAACACCCUGAAGAUGCCCCACUUGAGUCGGAGAGCACGCGAGCGCGUGGUGGAGAUCGAUAGCGAGUUGCCUAUAAUGAAACUGUUGCCUGAGAGGUUCCACGACUCGGUACUCAAUCCUGAGGGCGUUAUUGCCAUGGGAAUAGCGGAAAAUGCCCUCAUGACGCCAGUGUUUACGGAAUAUAUCGAGAAGAAUAUGCGUUUGCAUGCUGAUCAUUUCAAGUAUCAUCUUACGGCGCGCAGAGGACAUGCACACUCCACAGAAGAUGCGCUGCCGGAAUAUAUCAAUGACACAUUUCACCCCCGUAUUCCCGUCACCCGACAAAACUCCGUGGUAGGUCCCGGCGUAGGUUCUCUCAUUGGGGAAUUCUGCUGGCAGGUGUGCGAUGAUGGAGAGGCUUUCAUGAUCACUGCACCCUUCUAUGGUGGAUUUCAACCCGAUUGUCAAUACCCAUCCCGAACAAAGCUUGUUGUCGUAGACGUCCCACCCGAGAUAGAUCCCCUUUCGAAGGAUGCCAUACCCUAUCUAGAACAAACUAUAGAGAAGUCCAAGGUUAACGGACCGACGAUUCGAGGAGUAAUCCUCUGCAAUCCGCAUAAUCCUCUCGGCAGAGUAUACCCAGAGGAGAGUAUUGUCGCGUACGCGUCGCUUGCAGAAAAGUAUGAUUUGCAUCUCCUAGUUGACGAGAUAUAUGGGAACCAAGUGUACCCCUCUUCUCUCGUCCCAAACCCACCUCCCUUUGUCUCCGCCCUGGCGAUGGACCUGCCCAUGCUUGCAAAAUGUGACCCCGCACGUAUCCACGUUGUCGCCGGCCCAUCGAAAGAUUUCGGCGCUUCAGGUCUGCGCAUUGGCAUCUUAAUUUCUCAACAUAAUCCCGAGAUCAUCAAACUACUCGACUCGGCUACCAUGCUUAAUGCCAUUCCGGGACCAACAGAUGCCAUCUUUGCCGCUGCAAUAAACGACAAGGAGUGGCGGGACUGGUUCCUCGAGGAGAGCAGACGCAGGAUAUCGGAGGCAUAUGAGGUUAUCGUGACGUGGUGUAACUUGCACCAGAUACCAAUAUUUCCGUCGUACGCUGGCCAGUUCGCCGUGAUGGACCUGGCAAAGAUCUUAGAACGCUUCGGUGAAGAUAAGGCCAUGGCUGAGAAGAAGGAAGCGUUGACAUUUGCCAUGCUAAAAGCUGGUGUUUUGAUUGUCCCUACCGGCCAAGACCAGUCACCAACCCGUUAUAGGAUAGUAUUUGUUCGACCCAAAGAGAUCAUAGAGCUCGCCUUGUAUCGUCUGGAAGCCGCUUUUGGGCUGAGCAAAUGA